UUAAAUUAGUGGAGAGGUACAGAUCUCACUUGGGGAGGUGUAGGAAACAACACCCUAGUUUUAAAAGUUUGCUUUCAUGCCCUAAGAGACCCAAAAUAUACGUUGGUGUAGAAUUAGAUAUAGCUUCAUACACCCCACAAUUACUAUACACACUCAAAAUAAUAAGAAAAGACUUAAAUAUCUUUUACCAAUCCUCCACACCAUUGUUGCCAUUCUGCUAUUUCCGUCAUCACUGGUUCUAUAGAGAAGAGAGGAAGAAAAUUGUAGAGAAAAGAUGCGGAAAAACACUUAGUUCAGAAAAAAUAUUUCCAAAACAUAUAUCAUAUAUUUUAGAAAGUUCUUUGUACAAUAUAUUUCAAGUAGGGGUGUAUCGAAAAUUCCGUUUUGGGAGGCAUUAUUAGUGAUUAUAAAAUUUUAUUCAGAAACUUUCUGUCAAAAAUUCAUUCUGAAAAUAUUAUUCUCAAAAGUUUCCAAAACAUGUAAUUUGGAAGUCACUUUUAUUUUGAAAAGUUGAUCGGAUGUGGGAAGAAAUUGUGGGGUGCAGGCAGUAAAAGCCUGUAAGAUGAUUGGCACGGAGAACUUUUUUUCAACAUUGGGCCAUUAUCAGACUACAGUUAUUUCUUGGCCCAUCAAUUGAAUUCUAUUGGAAAAUAAAAAAGAAGCGUGAAGUAUGGUGUGAGUUUGGAAAUGGAAUAUUGGAAUGUGAAAUUUGACGCCUUCGUUGAAGGAACCAAAUUCAUGAAACAAAGAAAGAAAGUUUCAUGAAUUGUAGUAUUUGUGGUAUUCGUUGGAUGUUGAAAUUAAGGAGCAUUCUCACCUCCUCAAGCAACAAACCCAGUCACCUGCACCUCAUUCUCAUCGAAUUAAAUUUGAUUGAAAAGUACCGAGUUUGUGAAUUAGCUGUUAGUGACCGGUCAUGGAUGUUCCACUGCCACUGGAUAAAUUGGCUUUAAAUUUGAUUAAUAAUGAACCCGCCCCUGGAAACACUAGCAACAACAAGAUAUACGUAAUUCUGGUUGCAACUGGAAGCUUUAAUCCACCUACUUUCAUGCAUUUACGGAUGUUUGAGCUUGCAAGAGAUGCGUUGAAUUCAAACGGCUACUGCGUAAUUGGAGGUUACUUGUCUCCUGUGAAUGAUUCAUACAAGAAAAAGGGCCUAAUAUCUGCUAAACAUCGAAUACAAUUAUGCCAUUUAGCCUGCAAAAGUUCAGAUUUUGUAAUGGUUGAUCAAUGGGAGGCAAGUCAGAGCACGUAUCAACGCUCUUUAAUUGUUCUCUCCAGAGUCUACAAUUCUGUUUGUGAGACAGGGUUGGUAUCCAGAGAAUCCCUCAAGGUCAUGCUUCUCUGUGGUUCUGAUCUCCUUCAUUCUUUUGGCAUUCCUGGAUUCUGGAUUCCUGACCAGGUUCAAUCUAUAUGCAAAGAUUAUGGAGUAGUAUGCAUUAGCAGAGAAGGACAAGACAUUCAGAAAAUUAUAUCUGAAAAUGAAAUUCUGAAUGAGAAUCAGGAUAAUAUCAAAGUGGUGGAUGAACUUGUACCAAAUCAAAUCAGUUCAACAAGAGUAAGGGAUUGCAUUGCAAGAGGAUUAUCAAUAAAAUACCUUACUGGGGAUGAAGUGAUUGACUAUAUCAGAGAGCAACAAUUAUACUUGAACUUAAAUGAGAAGUAAUUAUUAUUGUUUUUCAUUACACUCUGUAUAACAUAUGGGUCUUUGCACGAGCCAUUUUCAAUGAAGAAAUAAUUGUGUUGUGUUUGAGGAAAAA